AUUCUACACUGAAAGCCCAGCAGUUAGAAAAUCUUGACUUUUAUUGUUCAAAUAAUUGAUUUGUUCUGUAUUUUAGUUUUGCUUUGAUAAAGUUUUAGUUUGCUACUUUUUAUUGUUGUUAAUCUUAGAUUACUUGUGUCAGCUAUGGUAGUUUUAAAUGAGCUAAAGAAACUAACAAUUUUUUGUGUUUGUUCAUGAAAAGGCUCCCAGACCAGCUCCGAUGGGAUGGAUGGACAGGAUCAGUGCUGCAGUAACAGCUUCCGUCAGUACGCUCCGGAACAGACUGCGUCCCACCAUACCUACACCUAUACCCUCCAGGGGUGAGCCAGUGCAUCGUUUCUUUUUGAGACCAUUUAGGGUGCAUCCUCAGGAAGUGGACCCUCCUACACCAGAGCAGAGUCCCUCUCCGAUUCUCAGAGAAUUUGACCUUCUGGCCCAUCUGUUCAUGCUCAUGGAGGACGUCCAGCCGCUCAGUGAGGAGAGUCUCAGUUCCUCAGACAGCUUCAUUAGCUCCAUCGACAUCCACACACCCCAGGAACUGAGACACAUCCCCCUCAUCACAACACCUGAUGAGGAGCCCCUCUCUGAGCCAGCUCCACCUCCAACACCAGCUCCACCGCCCAGGAGGAGGUCCCGUCUUCCUGUGAGCAUCCGACGCCUCC